AACGGCGCCCGAGAACGCCGGCUGUGACCGGACGUUAGCGGUGACCCCGCGUGAGGAAAAACCGCGGGUGCAGCCGAGCGACUUCGGCUGGGCGGUUCGACGCGCUCGCGGCCGCGCCGCGCGGGACAAGUCGGAGCGGAGACUUGGGGGCAGGGCGGCGCCCGGGUUCGGCUGGAGCCGGCGGCUGCCGAGUGAGUUCGGCUGGGCAGGUUGACGCGCUCGGGGCCGCGCGGCGCGGGACAGUCGGCGAGGUGACUUGGGGACAGGACGGCGUCCGGGUCCGGCUGGAGCCGGUGCACUGUGCAGACCGCGGUGCCGGUGGGACGCGCAUAGACGGGAAGGCAACACUGGUGGCUUCCUGCCCUUCGCCGCUCCUUGCCUCCCGUUUUGGUGACUUUUUUUUUUUUAACCUUCCUAUUUUCCCUGAGGCGCCUGCCCUACUGGGAACACGGGUUCGAGGCUAGUUCAGUGUAUUUUCCCUUGGACCCCACCAUCAAGACUACACCCGUCUUCACGACGUGGUUGCAUCUUACAAGUUUCCAGACUCUGGCACGGGUCCCCAAAUGGUGGCAUAGGCUUCAAGCUGGGUAUUUUAGAUUGGGAGUGACCCCUGUGAUUCCAGCCAUGGGUGCCUCAGCAUCUUCUCCUGCUACUGCAGUAAACGCCUCGAAUGCUUCAGAUGGUCAGCCAGCUUCACCACCUUCAGGAUGCCCGAUGCAUAAAGGGCAAAGGAAAGGCUGUCCAGUGACUGCAGCAACAUCUGACCUGACCAGUGAGAGCAAAGCACACACUGUGCCUGCUCACCAAGACCGGGCCUAUGAUUAUGUGGAAUGCCCUGUUACUGGUGCUAGAGCUAAGGAUAAGGAGAGCCUCGAUCCUUCAAACCUGAUGCCACCACCUAAUCAGACACCAUCCCCAGAUCAGCCAUUUACUUUGUCUACCUCAAGAGAGGAGUCAUCAAUUCCAAGAGCUGACUCUGAGAAAAAGUGGGUUUACCCUUCUGAACAGAUGUUCUGGAAUGCCAUGUUACGGAAAGGGUGGAAGUGGAAAGAUGAUGAUAUUAGUCAGAAAGAUAUGUACAAUAUCAUUAGAAUUCACAAUCAGAAUAAUGAGCAAGCGUGGAAGGAGAUUUUAAAAUGGGAAGCCCUUCAUGCUCAUGAGUGUCCUUGUGGCCCAUCGUUGGUCCGAUUUGGAGGUAAAGCAAGAGAGUAUUCACCAAGAGCAAGAAUUCGUUCCUGGAUGGGGUAUGAAUUGCCUUUUGACCGCCAUGACUGGAUCAUCAAUCGUUGUGGCACAGAAGUUAGAUAUGUGAUUGAUUACUAUGAUGGUGGUGAGGUGAACAAGGAGUACCAGUUCACUAUCCUGGAUGUGCGUCCUGCCUUUGAUUCAUUCUCUGCAGUAUGGGACAGAAUGAAGGUUGCUUGGUGGCGCUGGACUUCGUAACUGUUAUUUUGUUUGUUAUGAAAAAAGUGAAACUUUUUUCCUGAGAAAGCUGUUAAAACUAUUUUCCCCAAACUAAAUGCACUCAUAAUGUCAUUGAGGGUACUUUUCGAGUGAGUGAUCAUAUUUGAUCUUGUAUUUAACAAAGAUGCCAUGCUCCUUUAAAUUUUGAAUCACAUUUUCCAUUGCAGAUGAUAGGUCAGUUUAAUUUUUUUCCCUAUUUGGUAUAAGUUCCUUAGUUUUCCCACUAAGUCCAGUAUUUCAUGUUAUUUUCUUUAGACAUCUUAACAAUCUCUGAAAAAGAGGUUUUAAAAGCAUAAAAAGUUGUUUUUAUUCUUACUGUUUCCUCAGGAGUAUUUGAGAUAUAAAACCUGAAAGUGUGUGAUGCUUUUACCUGCCAAAUAAUUUAACUAUAUUCAUUAUAAAUAAGAAGCACUUGUUCUUGUUUUAAAAGUAACUAAUAUUUCUAAAAUCCCUUUGGUCUGAACAAAAUAUACAAGUAUAUACCGAAUGAAGUCUGCAAGACUGAUAUGUCUAUGUUUAAAUGUGAUUUCAGAUUUGACCCUGAUAGAAAUUUCAACUUGAUACAUAAAAAUUUCAAAAUACUUGUUUUUUCAAUUCUGUCCCAAUAUGUAACUAUCAAUGAAAAGCUGAUCACACCAUCCCUAGAAGAUGACAAAUUAUCUUAUCUCAUCCCAUUCCCUCUUCCUACUUGGAGCUUGCCACCAGUCGUGUAAUGUAAACCUUGAGAGCCGGGCUCCAAUCACAGUGCCAGAAGUGUUUCUUUGACGAAUAAGAUUAUAUUUGGCUAAGUGUUAGAAUUCACAAGAAGUGCAUUUUUUUUCAGAUAUGAAAUGUUUGCACCAAUUCACCAUCAUUUUGAUGUUUUAAGCAUGUGCUGAGUUUGCUGUUGAAAACUGGUUGUUUUGCUGGGCAGUAGUAGCACAAGCCUUUAACCCCAGCAUUCCAUAGAUCUCUGAGUUUGAGACUAGCCUGGUCUACAGAGUGAGUUCCAUGACAGCCAGAAAAAUCCUCUCUCUAAAAAAACAAAAGAAAAAGAAAAGAAAACUGGUUGUUUUUAUUUUAAUUAUAGCAACACCUUAGAAAUAGCUUUUUCUUAAAUGUUGAUAAUAUGAAAAAUAUUUAAUUUAUCUUAAAUACUGUAACAUUUAGUGGACAGAAUUUGUGUUUUUGAGUUAUUUGACGUAGAUUUCUUUGUUGUAUGAUGCUUUAAAAAUCUAACAUGUGAAAAUAUUUGUAUUUUUUAAAUAAAGCUGACAGUUAAAAGGUUCUGAAA